CCUUUCGCCCCGCCCCCUCCCUAAUCUGCCCGAUACCCCCUUAGACUAAUCGGCCUCCCGCGCCCCCAUGGAUUCAACUCCCGAGUUUGCACCUCCCGCGUCUCCCGUCCAGGACUCGGACGCGUCCAAAAAGGGCCCCCGCCAUCGCCACCGCCCGGACCAGGUCCAGCAGCUCAUGGCCCUCUACGAGCGCGACGACCACCCGUCGCUCGAGGACCGCACCGCGCUCGGACAGCGCAUCGGCAUGCCCACCAGGACGGUCAACGCCUGGUUCCAAAACAGGCGCGCCGCCCUCCGCAAGAGGGCGGAACGCGAGUCCUCGCGCGCCGCCGUCGCCCCGACCGCGUACCACGUGCCAGCGCACCCCGGCCACGGCUCGCUCGCCCUCUUCUCGCGCCCGCCGUCCCCCGCGCCGUCCUCUUACGCGUACGAUGACGACGACGAGGGCUCGUAUACGACCUCGGACGAGCUUCCCCGCCCCAACCAGCGCAUCGUCCUCUCUCCCGCGCCCUCCGCCUAUUCGGACGACAGGCACACGUGGCAGUUCGCCGACGACGCGGCCGCCGGUCUCGCCCGCAAGGUCCGGAAUCGCCCGACGCAGGCCCAGCACGACGAGCUCCGCAACCUCUACAGCGCCAACCCCCAUCCGUCACGCGAAGAGCGCGAGCGUCUCGGGGAGCGCAUCGGGAUGCGCUACCAGAGCAUCACGAAUUGGUUCCAGAACCAGCGCAGCCUGGCCAAGAAGCGCCGCGAGGACGAAGCGUCCGACGUUCGCGAGCGAGAGUACGCCGCGUUCCCGCCCGCGUCGAGCCACCCAUCCCUGAGCUCGUCGUCCCUGCUCGCCCGCUCCGAGUCGCUCACCUCGAUGCACUCGCGCUCUCGUUCGCCGUAUCCCUCGACGGCCUCUAGCCAACAGGCGCGCCCGCGCCGCAGUCGACCCGAGCCGUACCAGCUCGACGCCCUCAAGGCGUUGUACGCCAAGACACCGAAUCCGAGCAUCGAGGAACGGGGCGCGCUGGCGCUCGAGAUCGGCAUGGAACUCGGACGCGUGACCAACUGGUUCCGCAACCUCCGCCAGACGGCCAAGAAGCGCGGCCUCCGGCACCACGCCAUUCUCGCCUCCGGCGAGGCGGACGACGACGAGGCGGACGGAGACGACGACGACGUGAGCGUCGGCAUCGACUUUUCGCGCGACGGCACGCCGUCCAUGUUCGGGCACGAGGACGCAUACGCCUCUCGGGAGCACAAGAUGGAGGUCGACGACGCGGAGCGGCACAGCACCAGCGCCGGAACGGACGACGAGCAGCACGAGGCGCUCACCCCCUCGUCCUCGCCACCCCCACCCUCGAGCGUGCCGCGCGACGAGGCCGACGAUGACUACGACAUGUCGCACUUUUCGCCGCGCGAGCUCACGUUUGCCGCGCUCGAGCACCUUGCGCGCAUGAAGGACAUGGAGAUGGAGACGUUGAAGACGAUCAGCGCCGUCGAGGUUGCCGGGGUCCGCGUCGAGGACGCGCUCCUCCUACUGACCUUUACCGGGCGCCGUCUGGAGGCAUGAGGCACGAGGCGGUCGGCGUCGUCAUCCGCCGUGCGACACGGCGUUCAAAAAGUUUCUAUCCUCCGUUUUAAUGUUCUAUAAUUCUCCACCCCUCGUUCGCUGCAUAUAGUUUUCCGGCCCGCGGCUCACCCCCGGCACCGGCCCUUCAGGCCUUAUUCUUGUCUGCUCUUGCUUUGGACAAAGUAUGUUACCUAUCACCGACUUUUAACCUCUCUGCGUCUCCUCCUCGUCGCGCCGCCCUGCACCACACGCACGUUGGGCGCGCUUGUCUCCCUCUAUUUAUCUACUUUUUUUCGGUGCACAUGCGCAUACAAGCUCUUUGGCACCCCACUUCGCUCGGCGCGUUCAUAAUUCCCGAGCCCUAUGCGCUACCCACUCCUGUCUCUCUCGUAUAACCCUUCCUGUCUCUAUCGGAACCGUAAUCUGUGUACACCCCUCGCAUGCAUUGUUUUGACCUUUUUUUCUUCUUCCGUAUCAUAUGUGUAUAUAUCUCUCUCGGUCCCCUCCGCACGGUUUAUAGUUCCUAAUCCGCAUUUCACUGUCGUUGUUCUACAAAACCCGCUCGCUCGGAAUUUAUGCAUUUUCCGAGUGCGACCUUCAUUUGUUUUUUGUGUUUCGUGAUAUCUCGUUUGCGUAUGCAGUAUGCGGUAUGAACAAUCUAUGACAUAUACG